AUGGCGUUAUCGGGAAACUGUCCAAUGGCAGCAGACAAUAUUGAGGAUGCAAAUCGGCUCCUUAAAGCUUUAUUUGACAACCAGCGCUACAAUCCUCUUAUACGCCCUGUCAACGAAAAUAGCCAGACGCUGACGGUUUUUCUUAGUCUUCGGCUGUCGCAGGUUCUGGAUGUGGUGAGUGUAAUUGGGAACUUCAACUAA